AACUCAACGCAACCAACUCACAGCGAUGCAGUGCUUAAGUUUCUAAACAUCACAACGGAUUUCCCUGCGCUUUUCAACGCGAAGUUUGCCACUCAAACAAUCAAAGGACCUUAAACAUUAAGUUUUCCGUUUUUUUCCCCCCCAGAAUCAUCAUGCCACGAUCAUUUUUGGUGAAAAGUAAAAAGUCUCACAAUGUGCACCGACCCAUCGACACCGAGCAAAGUGAACAGAAACUCCCGGACCCAACACCCAAAACAAUCCCAGCACUGGUCCCUGUGGAACCAGAGGAAUGUAAUUCCCCAGAGCGGCCCCAGGUAGAUUCGGUCACUCGGCCGUCCCAUAGAGACCCGUAUGAUUUCAUCAAGUGUGAGCGAGAGCCCGACUGCCCAAUGCCUUCGCUACCUGAGCUGCCUGUCACAACCAGACGGCCAUUUUACCUAUCUGAGCCUCAGCUGGCAGAGUUCCCUCCCUACUACAAGAGCUCUUAUACCUGGGAUCAUGUUCCUGCAGCAUAUGACUUCAGGCAGAUGGGCUUCUCUCCAUCGCUCCUGCAGCACGCCAGCAGCCUGUAUGGAGCUCAUCUGAAGCAGAGCUCUGAGCCUCAACAACCACUGGACUGCAGCACACACUACUCACCCACGUCUAACACCUACCACUGCAUUACCUGUGAUAAGGUGUUUUCCACCCCUCAUGGGCUGGAGGUUCACGUCAGACGUUCUCACAGUGGCACGCGUCCCUUUGGAUGCAGCAUCUGCAGAAAGAGCUUCGGCCACUCUGUCAGCUUAGAGCAACACAUGAACGUCCACUCUCAGGAAAGAAGUUUUGAGUGCAAGAUGUGCGGAAAGACCUUCAAACGCUCCUCAACGUUGUCCACUCACCUGCUGAUCCACUCAGACACACGGCCGUACCCCUGCCAGUACUGCGGCAAGAGAUUCCACCAGAAAUCCGAUAUGAAGAAACACACCUACAUCCACACAGGUGAGAAACCUCACAAAUGCCAGGUGUGUGGCAAGGCCUUCAGCCAGAGCUCUAACCUCAUCACACACAGCCGCAAACACACCGGAUUUAAGCCGUUCAGCUGCGAGGUCUGUUCCAAAGGCUUCCAGAGGAAGGUAGAUCUUCGCAGACACCACGAGAGCCAGCACAGCCUUAAAUAACGGAGGCUGCAUAUGGCGUCGCAGACAGCGGCGAGGAAAUGAAGACCACCGAUGGCUGGAAAAAAAGACCGUUGCUUCAGAGGAAUGCGUUUCUCUAAGUAGACUCAUGUUAAAGGGAUAGCGCACACAAAAAUGUACUAUUCUAUCAUCAUUUACUCACCCUCAUGUU